UCAACACAUCUUUCCCUACAGCAUGUCCAAGUUGUCUCCUUCUCAAAUGGACAUCUUGUCUGAUGUUGACGACGAACUCUUUGAUAACGACUUUAGCCCACCUGGGCCAGGCGGUGCUGUGCCACCACCAUUAUACCCCUCAGCAGCCACCACUACCUCCCUCACCAAUACCAACAGAUUAAACUCUCGCAGAUCCUCAUACAACAAUAUAAGUUUCUACAAUACCCCUUCCCACUCACACUCACAGCUGAACCCCUUCAACAGUCCCCCUGGUGGCUUCAGUCGCUCGCACCACCAACAUACUCCAAGUUACAACGAGUUCGACGAGUACUCAUACAACUAUGAAUACUUCAACCAAGAUCCACCACCACCUUCCACCGCUAACUCCCUGCAAAACCAAUCACAGCCUAAAAGAACUAAAACCGUUGCUUUCAGGGACGUGGAACCAGAAUACCCUCCAAUCGCUUACAGCCCCAGCAAAGUCCAAUAUGAAGAACACGACUUUGAUUUGGAAGAUCAAGCGGUACCGUUGCUGAAUCUCCGCCGAUCAAUGACAUUUACCGGUGGUGACUAUAUGAUCAACCCCUUGCAGGAUGCUGAUGACGACGACGAUUUGGAUCCGUUCGGUGAUGACGAAUCUUUGUUCUCCGACACCGGGGAGGAAAUCGUUAGACGAGGAAACACAAUUAAAAGAGCAGGCACUCUUCGAAGAAAAAACACGUUGAAAUCAAAAACUUCGCACUUGGCCGAUUCCGAUGACGAAGAUGAUGAUUUCAAACCAAAGUUGACCUACACCAAGACCAUUAAGAAAGCCAGGUUGGUCAACGGGAACUACGUUAUUGAUGCUCCUAUCCCCCAGGCUUUGCUUGACACUUAUGGUAAGAAAAUCGACGAUGGUGGUAGAGAAAUGUCGUUUAUGAGAUAUACUGCUGCUACUUGUGGUCCUUCAAAUUUCACUGCCUUCAACUACAAUCUUAGACAAGCAAUGUACGAUCCACCAAGAGAAACGGAAAUUAUGGUUUGUAUCACCAUGUAUAACGAAGAUGAAAUAUUGCUUGCUCGUACCCUUUAUGGUGUUUUCCAAAACAUCAAGAAUUUGUCAAGAAGAUCCGACCCAACUUGGGGUGACGAUUCCUGGAAAAAAGUCGUGGUUUGUAUUGUCAACGAUGGUCGUUUGGAAUUAAACAAAAGAACCGAAACUCUUUUACGUGCCCUUGGACUUUUCCAAGACGGAUAUGCUAAAUCCAAUAUUAACGAUAAAUCAGUAAAGGCUCAUAUUUACGAAUAUACUUCCACUGUUGGUAUUGAUGUUGUCAAUGAUCACGUCCAUUUAGGUCCAAACUCGCAACCAGUGCAAUUUAUUUUCUGUUUAAAGGAAAAGAACAGCAGAAAGAUUAAUUCUCAUAGAUGGUGUUUCCAGGCAUUUGCGCCAAUUUUGAACCCUAGAGUCAUUAUGUUAUUGGAUUGUGGUACCAAACCUUCCAAAGACGCUUUUUACUAUUUAUGGCGGGCAUUUAGAGAUCCUAAUGUCGCUGGUGCGUGUGGGGAAAUGAGAGCUUCUCUUGGUCCAAACAAGAAAUUGUUGGCAAAUCCAUUAGUUGCAGCACAAAAUUUCGAGUAUAAGAUUUCCAAUGUGUUGGAUAAACCCAUGGAAUCGGUAUUUGGGUUUAUUUCUGUGUUGCCAGGUGCGUUUUCAGCAUAUAGAUAUGAAGCUUUGUUGAAUGUUAAUGGUCAAGGUCCAUUGGAAAAGUAUUUCAAGGGGGAAUACUUGCAUCAAAAUACCCAAGUCAACGAAGAUGAAGAAGAUGACGAAAGAGAUAUCAAAGAACGUAAUUUCCAAGAAGCCGGUAUUUUCACAUCAAAUAUGUACUUGGCCGAAGAUAGAAUUUUGUGUUUCGAAUUAGUGGCUAAAAGAGAUCAUAAUUAUGUUUUGAGAUAUGUUAAUGAAGCCAAGGCAGAAACUGAUGUUCCUGAAAGAAUUGAUGAAUUUGUCUUGCAAAGAAGAAGAUGGCUUAAUGGUUCCUUAUUUGCGGCCGCAUAUGCUGUGUUCCAUUGGACUAAGAUUUGGAAAUCUGAUCAUUCGUUAUUCAGAAAAUUGUUCCUUCAAUUAGAAUUUUAUUAUCAGUUGAUUACAAUUUUAGUCUCGUGGUUUUCCUUAGCUUCUUUCUUUUUGGUGUUUAGAAUCUUGACUGCUAACUUGGGUUCAGAUGAAAUGGGAUUCCCCGUAGGUAAAUAUCUUGCCGUGAUUUUCCUAUGGUUCUACGUUGGUUGUGUUAUUGUUACGUUUGUUUUGGCCUUUGGUAAUACCCCUCGUGGUACGCGGAAGUUCUAUCUUGUAAUUGCUAUAUUUUUUGCAGUGUUGAUGGCAUAUAUGAUGUUUGCCGCCAUUUUCCUUGCCGUUCAUACUGCUCAAAUGAUUGUUAAUCUGCAUAAAGAUGAUUUUAAUAUAACGAUGAUUUUCACCAAUGGUAAAUUCCGAGAUUUGGUGGUGUCCGUGGUGUCUACUUAUAUCUUAUAUUUUGCUGGUGCAUUCAUGUUUGGAGAACCAAGUUUCAUGUUCACUUCAUUUGCCCAAUAUGUCCUUCUUUCACCAACCUAUAUCAACGUCCUUAACAUUUACGCCUUCUGUAACAUUCAUGAUGUUUCUUGGGGUACUAAGGGUAAUGUUCAAGCUAAAGAUUUGGGUUCCGCCAAAUCUGUGGGUCAAGGUAGUGAUGAAUUAGUUAUGAUUGCACCUGGGGUCGUGGCUGAAUUGAAUGAAUCUUACUUGGAAACUCUUGAGAAUUUAAGAACCAUGGAACCAGAACCAUUACCAGUCAACAAAAAGAAAUUAAAGGACGAUGCAUACUAUGCAUUUAUUAGAACCAUGACUGUGUUAAUCUGGAUGUUGACUAACGGUAUUUUGAUUAUGAUUGUUUUGGAAACGGCUGGGGUCGAUACAUUUACUGGUGAUAGUCAAAUUUCUGCUGAUGGAUCCAUUCAAGGUAAUUCGAGAACUUUCUUGACCAUUAUCUUGUGGAUUGUCGCGGGGUUGGCAAUGUUUAGAUUUAUUGGGGCAUUCUUGUUCUUGGUGUUUAAAGGAUUUAGACCAUUAAAAUGGAAGUGGAGAGCUAGAAAGGAGAUUAAAAAGGCUCACAAGAAUGGUUAAAUAGUGUAUUUCAGUUUGUUUAUAUAUUUAUCGUGUAAAGUUCGUUAUUUGGACGUUAUGAACUAUGUAGAUGCUAUUAACCAGGGCAGAAGUAGUUUUCUAUCGUGAUAGAGCAUCUCUGAGGGACCAACUUUUCGAAGUUCUUUGAGCAAUUUGGAAUUACCAAAAUAAGCACUAUACUAAUAUGGUAGAUUUCCCCAAUCAUCAUUGUUGCUGAUGCUAUAACUCAUUAAAGACUGACUGACAGUUUUAAUCGGAGAAAACAAUUAGCUUUAACCUCCUUUAACUAAGGAUACCACCAGCAACACUGAGAGGGGAAAUCAUAAUCUAACUAUAUCGACGUCUCAUUUCAGCAACAACAAAUUCUUUCCAGAGGUAGUAUUCAAUAUAAACCCAAUUAGGCAGCAUAAAUGGUGCUAUAGGAAAAUAACAGCUGCUAUUUUGAUACAUGCGAUCUGACAUCUAGUCUGAGAUUAGCAUUCGUUUGCUUUUAACAUGAAGUGGUGAUCAUUUUCAAUUAACGUGAGUCUAAUAUCAGCAAAA